CAUACAGACAUCACUGUCCCAAUAAAGAAAGAUGCAUGAAGCUGGCUUUAGUUCAUGACUUGGCUGAGUGUAUUGUGGGAGAUAUUGCACCAGCAGACAAUGUUAGCAAAGCAGAGAAGCACAGAAGGGAAAAGGAUGCGAUGGUGCACAUCACAGGCCUGUUAGAUGAUGGCUUACGGAAAGAGAUUUAUAGCUUGUGGGAGGAGUAUGAGACUCAGUCCAGUCCAGAAGCCAAACUGGUGAAGGAGUGCCAGCUGGAGAUGAUAAUACAAGCUCAUGAGUAUGAGGAGUUAGAGGGGAAACCUGGACGACUGCAGGAGUUCUUCACCUCCACUGAAGGGAGGUUCCAUCAUCCGGAGGUGUUGGGUCUGGUGAAGAGUUUGAAUGAGGAGAGAGCUCGACACAUCGCUGCCAAGGAAGAUAAUAAUACAGAGAAGACCACUGAUACAAACCCUCACCACCCUAGCGACACCAUGAUCUCAGUUCCUGUCAGGCUAUGAAGCUACCUCCACACAUCUGUACACAAGAGUGUUUAUAUUGUCCAGAAUAGCUGUGCUUUAUUCUAAUCGUAUUUAAUUGCACUGAAGCAUGGUUUGCAGUUGUUUGACGUUUGUGUCCUGUUUGUUUGAAUGCUAUGCAGGACACAAUUUGUUUCCACGGUUGCAAUUUCGAUAAAAGUUCAGUCUUUUUUUUUUUAAACCAAAUUGAAAUGUGACUGCUUUUUAAAUGUUGUUUUUCUUUCUAUUUUUAUUUUGAUCAGCAUUUACUACUUUCCAGUAACUGAUGGUUCAAUAAAAAUAGUAUUUUAUAUCAA